GGGCGCAGCGGGACGCAAUCGGCGUUCAAAAUGGCGUCGGCGGCUGCAGCCAAAGUUCAGGAGGUCCGGGAAAUCACGAGGAUCGAGCGGGUCGGAGCCCACUCGCACAUCCGGGGCCUCGGACUCGAUGACUCCCUGGAGCCUAGGGCGGUGUCCCAGGGGAUGGUGGGACAGACGGUGGCCCGACGGGCAGCUGGCAUCAUCCUGGAGAUGAUCAAGGAAGGCAAGAUCGCCGGGAGGGCGGUCCUCAUCGCCGGUCAACCGGGCACGGGAAAGACUGCCAUUGCCAUGGGCAUGGCCCAGGCCCUGGGUCAGGACACUCCCUUUACGGCGAUAUCGGGGAGCGAGAUCUUUUCCCUCGAGAUGUCCAAGACGGAGGCCCUGAUGCAGGCUUUCCGGAAGUCCAUUGGUGUCCGCAUCAAGGAGGAGACGGAGAUCAUCGAAGGCGAGGUGGUGGAAAUACAGAUUGACCGACCGGCUACAGGCACAGGUGCCAAGGUGGGAAAGCUGACCCUGAAGACCACAGAGAUGGAGACCAUAUACGACCUGGGCCAGAAAAUGAUAGAGUCGCUCACCAAGGAGAAGGUGCAGGCCGGGGACAUCAUCACGAUCGACAAGGCGACGGGCAAGAUCACCAAGCUGGGCCGGUCGUUCACCCGUGCCCGGGAUUACGACGCCAUGGGGCCCCAGACCAAGUUUGUCCAGUGCCCUGAGGGGGAGCUGCAGAAGCGCAAGGAGGUGGUGCACACGGUCACCCUGCACGAGAUUGACGUCAUCAACAGUCGCACCCACGGCUUCCUCGCGCUCUUCUCUGGGGACACGGGGGAGAUCAAGGCAGAGGUGCGUGAGCAGAUCAACGCCAAGGUGGCGGAGUGGCGGGAGGAGGGCAAGGCGGACAUAGUGCCGGGGGUGCUGUUUGUGGACGAGGUGCACAUGCUGGACAUGGAGUGCUUCUCCUUCCUCAACCGGGCCAUGGAGAGCGACCUGGCCCCCGUGCUGGUCAUGGCCACCAACCGGGGCCUCACCCGCAUACGGGGCACCAACUACCAGAGCCCCCACGGCAUCCCCAUCGACCUGCUCGACCGCCUCGUCAUCAUCGCCACCAAGCCCUACCAGGAGCGCGAGGUCAAGCACAUCCUCCGCAUCAGGUGCGAGGAAGAGGACGUGGAGAUGAGUGACGAGGCCCUGAUGGUCCUGACCAAGAUCGGGAUGGAGACCACCCUCCGCUACGCCAUCCAGCUCAUCACGGCCGCACACCUGGUCUGCAAGAAGAGGAAGGGCACGGAGGUUUCCAUACAGGACGUGAAGCGCGUCUACUCCCUGUUCCUGGACGAGUCUAGGUCGUCACAGUUCCUCAAGGAGUACCAGCAGGAGUUCAUGUUCAACGAGAUGGUGGGCGACAUGGAAAUGGAGACGGCGUGAAGUAUGUGAGCGGGCCGAUCUGGAAUCGCGUUCCUUCCUUCAUCACUCAACCCUUCUGUUGCCUUUUCUCUUCAUUUGCGCCUCAUUGUUCGAAAUGUUUCAAGAGCCAUUAAACGGAGCCCUCUCUCACGUCCACCAAUGGGGGUCACCACAA